AUGUGCACUAAAGACAAUCGACCGUUUAGCAUUGUUGAUGAUGAGGGUUUUAAGGAAUUUGUGUGGGAAUUGAAUCUGGGGUUUAAGAUGACAUCUAGAUGGACUGUAGCUCGAGACUGUAUAGAGAUUUAUGAACAAGAAGCAAAAAAAGUUAAAGAGAUGUUGAAAGGCCAAACAACGUGCCUAACUAUGGACACAUGGUCAUCUAUUCGGAACGUGAAUUAUAUGUAUCUUAUGGCUCUUUGGAUAUACGAUGCAUGGGUUUUACAAAAGAAAAUUUUAAACUUUUGCCCUAUAGAGAAUCAUAGGGGUGAAACCAUUGGGACUUUGGUUUAUGAGUGCAUACAAAGGUGGGGGAUUGAAAUUGUGUUUACUGUGACAGUGGAUGAUGCAUCUUCAAAUGACAGGGCUAUAAGAUUUUUGAAGAGGAUGUUGAAGGGACCGAAUCAGAUUGUAAAUAUUUUCACCUUCGUUGUUAUGCAAAUAUCAUCAAUCUUGUCGUUAGAGAUGGUUUGGAAUAGAAAUUCGAUUCUGCUACUAGAAUUCAAAAUGUAG